ACUCCUACUGCCAUUGUAGAAGACGCUUAAAAGUACUUAUAGGCCUGCAACCAACGAGAGAGAGAGAGAGAGAGAGAGAGAAGUGUCAACAGCGUGUGGUCGCAUCAGUGAUGCAAAAUAAGAGAUUGAUGUUGUCUAUAACUAAAUACAGAAAUCCAUAAGCAAAAAGAAAAAAACGUGACUUAGUGACAGAUAUUGUGUAUAUAAAUAAUUAUUCAUGUCAUAGCAGUGAACAUCAUACAAAGAAAAUAUUCGUGCAUAAUCUAAAUCAUGCGGCCGAUGUUAAAUGGACGAAUUUUUUCGUUAACACUAAUAUAUGUAUCAAGCUAGUAACUUUAAGAAUGAGAUUGUACUGCUCAACGAAUUCAUGUGAGCAAUUUUUGUAACAGUAAGACGACUUGCUGUCGGAAAUAUCUCUCAUUCUGCAAAUAUGAACAAGAAUCUCGCGAACAAGAGACUAAAUCAGCUGCCGAGUUGGCUAUGGACCAACUCAACUACGUUACCGCCGGUUUAUAAAAUGGUUUGGGAAGCAGUGCGAGAAGAUCGCGUCAGGUCAAACGGUAUGCAAUCUGAGCUGCUAGUCGACACCAACAAGGUUUUUCCACUGUUGCUUACUAGUCAGCUACCUACAGAUGUCCUUGGUCACAUAUGGAGCCUGGCUAAUCAGAAAUAUGCUGGACAACUCACCGAGCAAGAGUUAUACAUUGUAUUAGCCCUUGUAGCUGCAGCUCAAACAUCCUAUACCUUCAAUAGCCUUGAUAUAUUACAUUUGCUUCCUUUUCCGCCAACACCAUAUUUGAACAUAGAAUGCUUGAUGAAUCUGCAAUCUACUGCACAAAUAAACACAUCAAAGCUUCAGUACUUUGCUAACAAGGAAGCCCAACUUGCUAACACAAGUGUAGAAGGAAAAUAUAUUCCUGACAUUAAGGAAAAAGCUAAAAUUAGAAUUCAUGGAAAUAUAAUGGCUGAUGCAAAGAUUCAGAUGUCUAGUGCAACUGAAAACAAUCCUAAUAAUAUGUUUAAGGAUGUCAAACAAUUGUCAAAUAUUAAAUCUGAUAUACCACCUGUAUCAAUUUUUGAUGAAUCUUGUGAUGAAUUUACAGAAUUUCAGAGUGCACCAAUUCCUAGUGUCUCUGCAAUACAAAUUUGGGAUAGUAAGCACGGUUCUGCAAUUGGCAGUAGACUUGCUAAUCACAAUUUGGGAGUAAAGAAAUCAAUCGAUAAGGGAAAGAAAGUUACUGUUGGAACAAAACCUGUACAUGCUACUACACAAAUUCGUACAACUACACCUACAAACAUGCUGUAUCAAAAUAAAGAUCAGCCAGCAGUUGAAUCUGUGACAGAUCUAUUUCCUAAAUGUGCAGUAAAAAAUCAAUCCAAAACAGUAAUACUCAAAGAUACUGUGAUAAGAAAUAAUGAAUCGCCUAAAGAUUAUAGUUUUAAUAAUUUGACAAACAUGACAGAAACUAUACGUAUUAGUGAUAAUAAAGAAGUAUUAUUUAAAGUGGAAUUAACACCAAAGGCUGUCAUGGUAGAUAUAUCUGAUUCUGCUCAACAAGAUUUAAUGAGCUUGCAACUUGUUGAAGAUAAGUACAGUGCAUUGCGUACAUUAAUUCAGGAAACAUCUGUUGCAAAUAAUACAAAUUUAAUUGUAACUCUUAAUAAUCAAUCAGCUGAUGAAUUCGGGGAAUUUAUGUCUGCGGAACAACCACCUCCUAAUCCUUCAAUAUCAGAAACUCUAGAUACCGAAAGCUUUAGUAAUAUAUUUGCAGAUUUUGAGUUCAAAACUCACAUUAAUAUUGAUAACAGUAGCUUGACAGAUCUGAAUUUUGUGUCUGAAUUGUUCGAUAAUCUAAAACUUGAUGAUGGGAUUGAUGGACAAUUGGUAGAAUCAGGGAAAAAUAUUCAAAAAGAGGAUGCUAUUUCAAUAAAUAGUGUAGAAUUGAUUAGUGGCCCAUCUGAAGCAUUGCCAAGAUCUGGAUCUGUGCCUAGCUUAGAUCUUAAAUCAUUUUUACCCUCAAAUAUAGAAGAAGAUCAAGUUGUAGAAGCACCACAGCAGAAUAUGUAUUGGGAAUGGAAACAAUAUAUGGAAAGUUGUGUGUUGUUAUUACAAAUUGCAGCCAAUAUAUUUACUAAUAUUACAUCUGAAUUAGUGUUGCACGAAGUUUUAAAUUCAGCACAAGGAUAUAAUUUUCUCUGUCAUUUAGCUGAAGUUGCAGCUGUUUGCAGACGGGUCAACUUUUCAUAUAAAGAAUUAGAUAUAAACAUUAUUGGAUUUGAUGAUUUGUUAAUGGACAUUGAUCGAAUUUGGGCUGAAAUGGAACCUUUUUACACGAAUAUACCAAUUGUAACCGAAUUACCUGCUUGGCCAACACGUCAGGGAGAUUGUAUAUCUUGCUCCCUGUGUUUAACAGUUAUUACAAGUGGUCGAGUUAUUUAUAACGAUAAUAAUUACCACGUUACAUGUGCAAAUUUAUGGCUUAAUUGUGUAAACAAUCAAUUGCCAGUAAUGCGAUAUUCAUUGAUUUAUCCUCAGUCAAAUACGCACAUCUGUCCAGGAAGUCACAUUUAAUACCAAUCUAUAUAUUGUAACACUUGUCAAAUUUAAAUAUGCAUAAGAAUAUACAUUUUAAAUUGAGAUCAUAUCAUUAAUACUGAAAAUAAUCUAUAGAAAUAUUUGUAGGAAAACUUGAAUAAAAUUUUAGUUUAUUUAGCAAUCUCAUAUAUAUGUGCAUCAACAAUGUAAUAUAAUUUCAUCUUUAUGAUAUUAAUACAUAAAAACAUAUUGUAAUGUUUAUA